AUGAAAUGUUUUAAUAUAGAAUCUCAGAAACAUAUUCUUUAUAUAGCGCCUAAUACACCAACACAACCAAUACCAUCAAUUUUGAAUAAUGUAAUUUAUUAUAGUUUUUCUCUCCAUAUUUUCUAGAUGUUCAAAAAACAAAAAUGCUUUUUAUCAGUUCAUUUUUCGAUCUGACAUUUUUAGAUCUUAUCUGGAAUUUCAUUCUAAUUUGUUGGCGAUUAUAAAGUUAAAUUGAACUUUAAAUUUUCGAAAAUGUCAGUUGAACUUUGAAAAAUGAACUGAUAAAAAAACAAAUUUUGUAGUCAUAAUUUUUUCAGGUGGAACUCGCAAAUCGAAAAGGCAACGAAGUUCCACUUUCUUGGGGUGUUGGUGCAGGUGGAAAAGAAACCCGCGAUCCAAAAGAAAUUCAAAAUGGUGGCGGUUUAUUGCCACUUGGUGGAACUGAAAUCAGUGGAGGAUAUAAAGGAUAUGGAUUGAAUGUGAUGAUUGAAGUUUUUUGUGGAAUUCUUGGCGGUGCACAUUGGGGACCGAAUGUUCGAAAAUGGAUGAAUACAACUGAAGAAGCCGAUUUGGGACAAUGUUUCAUUGCGAUUGAUCCAGAUGCAUUUGCACCAGGAUUUCAAGGAAGACUUCAAGAAUUUAUGGAUACUUUGAGAAAUCUUCCAACUGUAAGUUAUUUGUAGCCACCCCGAUAAAUGUACCUGAUUUUUGUUUUAUAAUUUUAAUCUAUUCAACUUUCAAAAUUCAGACUGAUGAAUCAAAAAGUGUUGAAGUUGCUGGUGACAUGGAACGUAGACACGAAGAACUCGUUAAACAAGUUGGUGGAAUUCCAUAUCAUCCAAAUCAAAUCACUUUUAUUGUGAGUUCCUCCUCAAAAGUUUCUAUUCAAAUUGUUAUUCUUUACAGAACGAUUUGGCGAAAGAUCUUGGAAUCAAACCUGCACAAACUUUGUAA